GUGAUUAAGAUUGUGGCGACUUUAAAUGGUGCUUUUAAUAUUUCUUGGAAAUUUUAAUGAAACAAGAAAACAAAUUUUAAGUGAGAAACAAAAAAUGGCGCGAAAGUUUUUCCUUCACACUCAUAAUUCCUUCAAAAUCAUCAGUCAAGCUCAUAUUGACAGCAAACAGAACAAACAAAAAGCUUAUUGUGAAGCUAUAACAAUCAUUUGACGGCUG